AUGUAAAAAUAAAUUCUUCAUCAAACAUAUCUCCUUCACCUGAUAUUGUCCUUGAGCCUGACAAUAUUGAAGAAGAAGGAACUUUAUUAUAUUGCCGUUCGAAAUUAAUAGAACCGAUCGAAUCAAAUCGAUUUUACAUAUAUGAUGCUAUUGAUUCUACAUCCCACCCCGAUAAAAAAUAUAUGUUAUCUUUGUUGACUAUUCGAGAGGAUGGAACAAAAUUCACAAUAAAUAUUUCUGUCGAUUCU